AUGCGCACCGUUUUCCGGAACGCCAGAGUCUUCACUGGCUCGCAGGACGCCUCGUCGUACGGAAAGCAUUCAUGCAUGAUCGUCAAUGACGACCUGAUCGAAUACGUGGGCGACGGGUCCGAUGCUGCCGUUGUGCAAGCGGCCGCCGAGCAGGGAGCGAAAGUAGUCGAUCUCGACAGCAGACAUACUCUAGCACCAGGCUUUAUCGACGGCCACAUGCACCUCCUGAUGUUCGGGACGUCUCUCCAAAAGAUCAGCCUAGAGCAUUGUCGGACGCUGGCGGACAUACAGUCCACAGUCCGCGAAGCCGCCAGAGCCGAUCCUUCGAAACGCCGCAUACUGUGUCGUGGCUGGAUGCAUUUCAUGACUGGUGGCAAGGCACUAGCAAAAGACCUGGAUGGACUUGACGAGCAGCAAGAUCGACCCAUUUUCAUCGAUUCGAAGGACUUGCAUUCCACAUGGUGCAACACUGUCGCUUUGAAGGAGAUGGGCGUGCUGCAGGACAUGCCCGAUCCGCCUGGUGGAGAGAUCCAGCGGGACGAGCAGGGGAUUGCCACCGGUCUCCUAAGUGAGGCCGCCGCCAUCACGAUCGUAUGGCCGCAUCUCGCGAAAGUGGCGUCGAUGGACGAAAAGGUCGCGGCAAUCCGCCAGGCGAUCACGACGUACAACUCCUCGGGAUAUACGGGCGUGGUGGAAAUGGCCAUGGACGAAAACGCAUGGGAAGCCCUGCUCGAGCUGAGAUCUUCUGAAGAUGUGACCAUUCGCGUCGCCGCGCACUGGCUGAUCUAUCCGUCCAAGACGGACGAGGAGAACUUCCGCCAGGUGGAUCGCGCCAUCGAGCUGUGGAAGCAAUACAACCUGCAGACAUCGCCGGAUUUCCGCAUCGCGGGGAUCAAAGUCAUCGGCGACGGGGUCAUUGACGCGUGCACGGCGGCGCUGCUGGAGCCGUACUCGUCAAAUGGAGUCUCGUGCGAUCCGCUGUGGGAUGCGCACAUGCUCCAGCGGGUCGUCGAACGAGCCGACACUGCCGGGCUGCAAUGCGCCCUGCACGCCAUUGGAGACGCGACGAUCAAGAUGGCCAUCGACGCUCUGAGCACCGUCGCUUCCAGCGGCCGCCGCCAUCGCAUUGAGCACUUGGAGCUGACAUCUCCGGGCGAUGCGAAACGGCUAAGCGAGGCUGGCAUCACCGCGUCGAUCCAAGCCGUGCACGCCGACCCGGCCAUCUUGCGGCAGUGGACCAAGUUACUGGGAGAGCAGCGGCGCGGCCGGGCCUUUGCAUACCGCGAAUUCCUCGACCAAGGGGUGCCUCUCGCGCUGGGCACCGACGCCCCCACGGCUCCGAACCUGCCUUUGCCGAACCUCUACGUGGCCACCACUCGAAAAUCAGCAAGGGAAGCGACAUCCCACGAAACGGUCAACGAGCACUUUGCGCUGCCUCUGUUGAGCGCCUUCUCGGCGGCCACUCGGGGCGCGGCAUAUAGUUGCUUCAUGGACCAGAUCACAGGCAGGCUAGAGGUAGGCAUGAAGGCUGACUUUGUGGUUCUGGACAUGGAAUGGUCGCCCGAGACCCUGCUGCAGGCAAAAGUUCUGCAGACCUGGUUCAAUGGACAACAGGUAUAUAUUGCUCAAUAA